CCGUUUAUCCGAGUUCAUUAUAGAGCUAGACACCCAAUCGCAAUGGACGAUUUUCAGUCGGGGGAACUGUGUGCGUACUACCGCCUGUGUCGAUACCUGGGCAUAUUCUGCAUCGACUAUAAUCCCACCAAGAAGAGGUUCCUACUGCGGCGCAGUCUCGUCUGCUACGUGGUGCACUUUGCCCUGCAGGCCUAUUUGGUCGGCUGCAUAGCUGUGAUAGUCAUAUUCUGGGGCAAUUCCUUCAAGAGGGAGUUGACCCUGACGGGUAACCACUUCGAUCGACUGGUGAUGGUGACUGCAUUGGGCAUUCUGGUCAUCCAGAAUGCCUGGCUCAUUUGGCUGCAGGCGCCGCAUCUUCGGAUCGUCCGGCAAAUUGAAUUCUAUCGCCGGAAGCACUUGGCUGAUGUGCGACUGCUGCUGCCCAAACGCCUACUUUGGCUAAUUGUUUUCACCAAUCUGGUCUACAUGGCCAACUUCCUGAAGACGUGUGCGUUCGAAUGGCUGACGGAUCAUUCGGGACUCUUUGUUGUCACCACGCUGGGAUUCCCUCUGCGCUAUCUAGUCACCAGUUUCACAAUGGGCACAUACUUUUGCAUGGUGCACAUUCUGCGCCUGGUGCUCAGCUGGAAUCAGUCGCAAAUCACUGCGAUAAUCGAACAAUCCGCAGACAUUAAGAAGAGCAGCGCCAAUCUCCUACGUUUGCGGGCUUGUCUGGAGCUCCACGAUCGCGUGGUGCUCCUCUGCAAUGACGAGAUCAGUCUCGUCUACGGAUUCAUCGUCUGGCUGUCGUGGAUGUUCGCCUCGCUGGAUGUAACUGGCGUUAUCUACCUGACCAUGGUGAUUCAAACGAAGAAGUCGCUUUGCUUGAACUUGGUAGCAGACAUUGUGUGGCUUUCACCAACUUUGAUGACCUGUGCCGCUAGUUUCAUGAGCAAUUGCGUCGGCAUUCAGGCAAACAAAACGGCAAAGAUAUUGGCCAAAGUACCUAGGACCGGAACUGGUUUGGAUCGAAUGAUUGAGAAAUUUCUACUCAAAAACCUUCGACAACAGCCCAUUCUAACAGCCUAUGGCUUUUUCGCCCUGGAUAAAAGCACUUUGUUUAAGCUAUUUACAGCCAUAUUCACGUAUAUGGUUAUUCUGGUGCAGUUCAAGGAGAUGGAGAUUACUACAAAGUCGGCGAACAAAUUUUGA